GCUGGGAUUAAAAGGUGUGUAUCACCACACCUGGCCAAACAUUUUUUUUUUCUUUGUAAUUAGAAAAGUGGAAAAUUUUCCAAAUAGCCUUUGUAGCCUAUGCACUUAAAGUGCAUAUCUCCGCUGAGUAUGGGCUGGGGGUGGCAAGAAGAGACUCUGCCUCAAUAAGGGCUGUAAGCAGUGGCUGGGAACCUCGGACCACAUACGGGCCCCUGAAUCUCUGAAUCUGAGGUUCUAACUCCACUUCCUUGCUGAGGCUAUGACCCUAAGUCCUCCUUGGUGAGUGUGGGGCAUACCUAAGAUGUAUCCUGACUGAGUCACCUCAGGUUGGCAAAUGCCCCUCCAUACCCAAACCUUGGCCUCCACCCACCUGAGAAUGAGGGGUGGCUGACUGUCGUGCUCCAGUUGCUGGGCACUCUUGGGAUCUUGGGAACCCCAAGAUCUUUGAGCUCCGCCCCAGGGCCCCACCCCUCUCUAGGAGGGAAAAGGCAGCCAGCUGGUAGCUCCACUCACAGGCACAGGAACCUGGCGCUGGAGAACUGGGCAGAGAGACUGCUGCUGCUGCAGCCUGGGCCAUGGACCCCCACGAGAUGGUUGUCAAGAACCCAUACGCCCACAUCAGCAUCCCCCGGGCUCACCUGCGGCCUGACCUGGGACAGCAGUUAGAAGAGGUUCCCUCUUCAUUAGCCUCCGAGAUGCAACCUGUGCCCUCAGGGACCUGUGCCUCAGAGACAGCAGGUGUCCUGCAACCCACCGAAGCCCCAGGGCCCAAGGGUACCAAAGGCGCCAAGGGUGCCAAGGGAGCUGCCCUCAACCAGAGCCAGGAGGCUUGGCAACCACCCUGCAACCCCUACAGCAGUGGGCAGCGCCCAGCAGGACUGACUUAUGCUGGCAUACCACCUGUGGGACGCGGUGACGACAUUGCCCACCACUGCUGGUGCUGUCCUUGCUGCUCCUGCUGCCACUGCCCGCGGUUCUGCCGUUGUCACAGCUGCUGUUGUGUUGUGUCAUAGCCUGCCCACCCCACCCCCAAGGCUGUGGGGCCCAGGCCCUGUCUGUUCAGUGGCCAAAGUGGUACCAGACAUUAGGAGUAGCUAUGUUAUAGGCAUUGGCCACUUCCUGCAUUGGACAGAACUCCUGCCCACCUGUUGGCUCAGCUGGAACCCUUUGGAAUAUAG